ACCAAUAGCCAAUCGCAUCUGGACUGCUAACAGUGGGCGGGACUUCCUGGAAACUUUAGCAUCGCGGCCUCUGUUGAAGGGCACUUGUCUCAUUCAGCUAGCUCAGGGGUCGUGUGUUAAAGGACCAUACGUUUAGCCAGAAUGGCAGGACACGACGCGGGGAGUCAGCACCAGUUCACUGGAAUUGCCAAACACUUCAAUUCAUACACAAUCAUCGGAAGGAGGAACUGUGUUUUGGCCACUUAUGCCAGCCUUGCAACCAUCUUCCUUUUCUUCAAAUUGAAGCCCAAGAAAAAACCUGCUGUCACAGAGAAGUAGUUAUGUUUUCGUUUGAUCUUCAUUUCUAACUGCUUGGAGUGGAGAGAGAGAGAGAGCGAGCAGCUGGACAUGCUUGUAAUAACAUAUGUCUGUUUGGUUUCCUUCUGUAAACAAUAAAGAAAAUGUACGCUCUGGA